UGUUACUUUUUCAUCAAGGGUACACUAUGGUUCCAGUGGUCACAGUUGAACUGGGUCAAUCUGUCAAUUUGACGUGUGCUUUUGAAAUGAAAUAUCAGAGCAACACAUGGCUUUACUGGUUCAAGCAGAGUGCAGGAGAUACUCUGAAUUUAAUAGUGAUGCAGCAGAGAACGACAUCCCCCAAGUAUCAACCAGAAUUCUCUGAUUCAAGAUUCAAUGUAACAUACACCGAUCAUGGCAGCAAUCUUACAAUUUUAUCAAUAGUUGAACAAGAUGAGGGAAUGUAUCACUGUUCUCAAAAGGACACACUUGAAUCUACGUGGAGUGGGACCUAUCUAUCAAUAAAAGAAAACUCUACGAGAACAUUAAGCUACACCGUGGUUCAGGAGUCAACGUCAGUUCAUCCAAAAGACUCAGAGACUCUGCAGUGUUCAGUUCUUUCUGACUCGGAUAACAAAACCUGUUCAGGAGAACCCAGUGUGUUCUGGUUCAGAGCCGGAUCAGCAAAGUCUUUUCCUGAUAUUAUCUAUAUGGAUGCAAAAGGAGCUGGGAAUUGUGAGAAGAGAUCAGACACACAGAAGAGAUGUGUUUAUAACUUCUCUAAGAACGUCAGCUCCUCUGAUGCUGGGACUUACUACUGUGCUGUGGCCACAUGUGGACAGAUAUUAUUUGCAAAUGAAAUAAGCCUUAAAAAAGAUCACCACAUGAACAAAUGA